CUGCUCCAGUCCCAGGUUUCAGAGCAGUGGUGUCCAGCAGCGUUCCCCUGGGUGGAGGUCUGUCCAGCUCAGCCUCUCUGGAGGUGGCCUUCUACACAUUCCUGCAACAACUCAAGCCAGAUGAUGGAGACAAAUUGUCUAAAGCACUAGCCUGUCAGCAGGCUGAACACACACAUGCUGGUGUACCCUGUGGUAUUAUGGACCAGUUUGUCUCAGUUUUUGGCAGGGAGGGACAUGCUUUGCUCAUUGACUGCAGGUCUCUAGAGGCCACUCUGGUUCCCCUGGCAGAUCCAGACCUGGUGGUCCUCAUCACCAACUCUAAUGUGAAACACUCUCUGGCUGGAAGUGAGUACCCAGUGAGACGCAGACAAUGUGAGGAGGCUGCCUCUGCACUGGGGAGGGACAGUCUCAGGAAUGUUUCCAUCAAAGACCUGGAAGAGGCCAAAGCCAGGCUGGAUGACGUCACAUACAGAAGAGCUCGUCAUGUAAUCGAGGAGAUUGAAAGAACGGUCCAAGCUGCUGAAGCCCUGAAGAGAGGCUCCUACAAAGAGUUUGGUAAACUCAUGGUGGAGAGCCACACCUCUCUGAGAGAUCUGUAUGAGGUGAGCUGCAGUGAGCUCGAUGAGCUGGUUUCUGCAGCCAUGGACGUUGAGGGGGUGUAUGGCAGUCGGAUGACAGGAGGUGGGUUUGGAGGAUGCACUGUGACUCUGCUGCAGGCUCAUGCUGUCCAUAAAGUCAUACUCCACAUACAGGUCCGAAUCCUCCAUUUUAACUUGCGCCAUGGCCCAGAAAACUAUGAGCUCCGCACAUGCUCAGUUCGAGUCUUCACUGUUGACCUCUUUUGUACCUGGAGGGCUUUCCUAGCCCUGCUUUGUGAGCGCUUCUCUUACAGUUCAUCUCAGGGGUCCAUUAGGUCCCAUCCAUGCAGCCUGAGGCAGAACAGGCUGGAACUGGAGUGGGUGUCAAAGCCUGAUGACCUCCCUCAGGACCAGUAUGACAAGCAAGGCUACCGGGGGUUAACUGUUACUAACCCUGAGGCUACAUGCUCAGAUGAUGUCGUCAACAUGUCCCGAGGACUUUUUGAAAUCAAAGAUUUGCAAAGUUUUGUGGAAGAACUGCUGAAAGUGUCUCUAGCUGAAGGAUUCCUGGUUGAUCUCGUCACUCCCGAUCCUGCCAAAAUCCUUAACUGCACCUCCCUUCGACUUGUUAAGGGUUGAGCGCCUGCUGAAAGUGACUAAAUGGAGAACACGACUAGUUCGAUGGAUGAAUAAUUCUCUUUGCUAACAAAAGUAUAACUAACCCUCUGUUGACCAGAAUCCAAACUUUUUAUUUACAAAACUUUUUCUGAACUGAUAAAGUUUAAAUGUAGAUCCUGACCAGCUGGUUUCCUCAGUUCUGCUUGAAGAGUGUACUAACAUGGUGUUUUACACUACAAACACUUUACCUGAGCUAUCAAGAUUUUUUUGUCCCCAAUACAAGUUCAUGUUAUUUAAGAUGAUGAUGGCUCUACGGCAGGGAUGCCCAAACAUUUUAAGUAAGGGGUCUCUGCAGUAGGUUUUGUCCUGUGGGCGGAGACGUCCCUGCUCGUGAUUGGCGGAGGUCUUGAU